GUGCAUGGCGAUUGGCGCGCGAUCAAGGAUCAUCGUCGUUCAUUACAAAAAAAACAUUUUGUCUCCAAACGUUGAUACGACGACACUACAACUACGAGAUAAGUGUCCUGCUGAUAAAGUAUAGAAGUUAGCCUAGCCCUUAGGCUCGUCGUCAGAAAGGCUGUCUGAAGUCUGAACGAUACUGUUAGGAACAAGUUAGCAGUGUGUUUACAUGACAACUGCUUACACAAUCAGUAAGUCUGUUUGAACUUCUAAACCACGGUGAAAGGUGUAUGAGGAAUGGGUGGCGGAAGAAAAGGGAAUAAUAGUAAAGAUGGAAAAACUUCGGCGAAUAUCAAUAACAAGAAUAGUCAACAAGACGCUCAAAAUGUUGAAACCAGAAUCGAAGUAGACGAGUCAUCUGAUACUGCGGAACCCCCAAUAAAAAAGAAAGGCAAUGCGAAACCAGUCGAUGAAACUGAAGUCAGUAUCUUAGAGGAAGUUAAAGCUUCGAACACGAACGAUGGUGCGAAGCAUACAGAUUCAACUGGCAAUACGAACUUCAAGCAAUUUCAAAGUACUGUGUCGAGCAAUGAAGCUACUGAAACAAACUUCAGAAAUAGCGAAAAUACGGUUGAAAAUUUGAUAGAAAAGGGAGCUUCCGCACAAGUAACAUUGUCGUCUAAUUCAAUACCAACGAACCCGAAGACAGACCCUAACAUCAAGACAGAUUUGCUUCUUCAAACAGUUGCUAAUUUGUUAACUAAUGUCGAACAACCAGCUUGGACCGCCACAGUUUUUAUAGCAGCUCCGCUUGUCAAAAACCAUUUCUUGGCCAUAACCGGAGAAGAUCAAAAUUUGGGGAAAUGGAAGCAUCCGCAGGGAAAGUUCGAAGCGAUUUUGGAAAUAACCAAAGAUUUGUACAUUUUUAAGGGAAUUGUUCCCAUUCCUUCUCGGAGCAAUUCCCCGUUCAAAUUUGUUAACGUCAGCAAGACUGACCAAAACAUAGAAUAUGAGGGAGAUGGACCACUGGACAACCGAAGUGAAGAAUUGUUACCCGAUUCAUGGAAUUUUUUUGUUUUGAAACCCAAAAAAGCAAAAUCUAUGAUCGGAAAAAUGUGGGAAACUUUGGCAAAAUACAUGCAGAAGUCAGAAACAAAAGAAAGCAUAGCUGAAGAAUUUGUAAAUAUUGUCUUCGAUAACACACUCGAAAAUGUAGUACCAGACUGGGACGCUGCAUUUGAAUUUGUGAGUGAAAGCAUUCUCAAGAUAAAGCGAGCUGUAGGGAAUGACUGCUCUUUCGUUGGUUUUCGGCAAUUCAUUAACAAAUGGCUUCAAGAACCUGAACUUCAAGUGAAUUUUGACAAAUUGUACCUGUUGGUAAUAGGGGUCUCCCUUACAGAAGUCUACUUGCCCAAAUUGAAGGAAGUUUUGGAAUCAGUAAGCAAGAAAUUCUCUCUCUAUUUGCUAAAACUACCGAAGAUAAGGCGCAAUCGAGAAAAGUUUACUACCAUCCUAGAACGCAUCGCUUUAGGUGCUGGGCGUGAUUACUGGUGGAUUUUAUUUCGCUCGGGCGAAUUGAAUAACAAUCGCCAAUCUGCAGUAUUAAGAAGACUUAAUCAUCGGGAAGUGUCAGAAUCCAUUUUGAAGACCUUGCAAGAAAAUCCGGAGAUACUGCUAGAUCACAUAGAAUGUGCUACUAGAGUAGUCGACUAUUUAGUCCGAUGGAACGAAAUUGAUGAGUUGUACUCCAAUCUCUGUCCAGUCUUCAAACAAAAUGAAAAUUAUCAGUAUUUGUUGGAUCCGCUUUUGUUGCCUCAACUGCUGAUUUGCAAAACUAGCAUGGACGACCUCAAAAGGAUUCUUCGCUCGGAUUUCUUACGUAAAGCAUGCCUAGGUUUACCGCUUGAAGAAGCGGCUCACCUUACAAGGCCAAAUGAAACGACUCUGAUUGAUGAGGCCAUCAAAACCAUUUUCAACCAGAAGCUUUUGGAUGUUGUCAAACUUGCUUGUUGGACGCCCGAUUAUUUGCUACCAGUCGUGGUGUCGGUUGUUGAAACUAUCGUUUGCCAGAAGUUGAAAACGCUCUCGAACUUAAGUUGGGAAGAAUAUCGCUACUUUGCCCAACUGGAGGAUAUUGGCUUCAACAAUUUUCCCAAAGCUAAAGAAGAGAUCGAAAUCAGACUUUUAAAAAUGACAAGGGACCAUUUGAAAUCGGGCUCUUUUCAGGACGUCCCCUCCACAAAACUAAUCUUGCUGGUAUUGGCCGAGAGAAAGGACAUUCCGUUUCUUGACCGUCCCAAAGUCGUUGAUCUUCAAAAAGCUAUGAGCAGGUUACCUCGAAAAUUCUUUAAUAAUCUGCAUUCGGUUUUGAAGAAACCCGGUAUGACUGUGGACACAACUUUAAAACCCUACCGCAAAGGAAGCACAAAGAGCAUAGUUGAGCAGCUGGAGAAUCAUUUUGACCAGCUAGACGAAAUUGUGAAGAAAAUCCAAAAUCGCCAAGUUCCACUUAUUGAAUUAUCAAGUCUUUAUGAUCCACAAGUGCAAGAUUGUUUGAAGAAUCUUGGUCUCACAGAACGAAAACUAGCUGAACUUCGUCAAGAUGUCGAAGAACUGAGAAGACGCCAUAACUUGUACGGAAUCCUCUAUAGCAGAUUUUCCCGUUCUGAAGUGACGAUUACCACAUCAGCAGACCAUCAGGAGGACGAUUUGGAAAAUGCUGAAUACGACUACGAAAACAGUGAGGGCGAUUUGGACAACGAAGAAGGCGAUGAAAAUGCUAGUAAUUUAGAAACCGUCCACAUUUUCCAAACUAAAGAAUGGGAGAUUUACUUAAAGGAUAUUGAUUCUGAGAGGAGUAUUCUGACUUUGCAAGAUGCCUUAACAUUGCCGUUACCUUUAUCGGGAACUUCUGCACAGUGGCUAUUUGAAGUCAAGGGAUGUGCUUUGUUUAUGGAAAAGAUUUGGAAUCAAACGGUCAAGUCAACAGCACAAACGUAUCCGCUGUGCAAAGAAGAUUUGCAAGUUUUCGUUCGUGAAUGUGCCACCGAAUGGAAGAAUUUGGCCCGUACUGUUGCUGGCGGGACAGUUUCAUUCAAGCAAAUGGAUGAAAUCAGCAGAUUACAACCUGAUCCGAAUGUUCUUUCGCGAGUACAUCUGCAGUCUCAGCCAAUUGAAGGUGUAGCAACUGCAUAUCGGAAUUUUAAAAACCUUCAAGAACUACGACAUAUCAUCGGCCCAUUUGUAGCGGCCCUCCGAUUCUUUUCCAUCAAAGAAAGAGGCCCGAUAGAUAAUCUGUACGAUUUCGUCGACAACAACUUGUUGAAACAGUGGGAAAGUACCACUUUGGCCCAAAUCACAGAAACCGGAAUUCUCAGAGUGGUCAAUGAAGACCUUAAUAUCGACCCAGAACGACCUGAAACCCGGAAUGCAAUGCAGUUUGUUAGCUCCCUGAUAACAGAUGGAAAUCGUUCUCCACUUAUCGAGUGGCUGAAAGAAAAGGAUGAAAAAGAUAUGGAAGCCAUGGGAAAAAUUCUACAAGGCACUUUGCUGGUCGCUUACGGCCAACUUCAAACCUUAAGGACUCGGAUUGCUCCUUUCCUUCAGAAUGAAUUUAAUACGUACGAGGACUUAUUGCAAAUUGUUCGGAUAUCAGAAGAACGCUUCGCUAAGCGUAUUUCCGGUCGGGUUCAGCCGAUUGAUUGCAAGUGGCUUGCAAACAUGCUUCCCGAGAUUCAAGCAGCUGUUCGUGCCAGCGUAAUUUCACCAUCUGAAGAUGCUAAAGAAAAGCUGGCCAAGCUUCAUCAAGUUGUUAUUGAUCCCAAUAACGAAUCCUACACGAUUAAAAUCCGCUUGAAACCUAGGGGAUCGCUCUCAAUGGAAGAACUUAAGCAAGCCUUCCAGCUACUUGACAUGGCUGUGGACUUGACUGUAAUGGAUGACGAUGAUGAUAGCGAAGACGUGGUUGGUCGCACCAGAAAAAACGUCAGUCUAAUCGAGAAACUUUCAGAAGUCUUCGGUCUUUUGUUCGCUUCGGGAUGCGUCACUUACACUUUCCGUAACCGAAUUGUCAUUGAUAUGACUGAUCUAGAAACCGAAAUUCAACUUAUGCGGAAGCAGCUUGAAGGCUGGACCAACAAUUGGAAAGAGAUUGAAGAAAUGCCUCUCUUGGCACUUUUUUCGCGUGGCUACCUUCUGCAGCUGGCCGACCUGAUUGGACGUAACAAAUUAGAAGAUGUCUUAUCAAUUUUGAAAAUUCUUCUACCUUCGGCGACGUUAAAAAUCGAGACCUUGGUCAAGCAGCUCGUUCAACGAGCUCCUCGCAUUGGCGACGAAGAAGAUUGGCUGUCAACUGCCCAGCUGUUCAUUAUUCUCCGGGAUCUUCACCAACUAAUUGAAGCAGUUUUUCAUGAAAGAAAUCCGGAGCUCACACUCCCACCGUUCCUUGUUUCCUACGGUCGAACCUUACAUUCUCACUUCAUUGACAAAGCAGUCGUCAUCUUGAACGUCUCUCGGGAACUCCUUGUUGGAAGUGCCUUGGCCGCCUAUAUAUCACUGACUCAUCAACCAAUAGAGCCCAGCCGGAUUCUUUUCGUGACAACCAACACGGACAAGCUGGAAGUCGAACGGUUCAUGAAACUCUGGUCUGUGGCUAAUAUUGACAAGGAUUUUUUCGUUAUCGCCCACGUCGAGAGACUAACUGCAGCUUGCGCAAGUGCUGUUCGUGAAGGUGUGGAUCGGGUGUUACCAGAACGUCGUACAAAACUGAUGCUAUUGGCCCAGCACCAUUACCGUGUUCAGUCGACAAAAUCACUCGGCGCUCGACUUGGUCUCGUUUCAGACCGUCUACUGGAAAUCAAUUUCACAGCCGACCAACUACGUCAAUGCUUUUCCAGCCUUUUGCCCAAUGCAGCCAAUCUUCAUUUCUUCACGUCAAAACUUCCCGGUUGCGGUAAGAGCCAACAAGCGAUGCAAAAAGCUUCGGAUCUGGUGCCAAGCCCUGAUUAUUAUCGCAUAAGUGUAAGAACAGGCUCCGUCGAAGAAUUGCUGGCCAGCUUGAAGAAAGUAGAAAAUCUUUCGAGUCAGUCGAGAAAAGGCGCUGCUUUUCUUCAUCUAGAUAUCGCCCACUCUGUCUCUCUCGAAUUUAAUGACAUUCUGCUCUCUUUACUCAUGCAUGGAGCACUUUAUGAUCCCAAAAAGGCCAAACUAGGAUAUUGGAUGAUCUCUUCGCAGACCAGCAUCGCCCUGGAAUUCGCUUCUCCUUUCGGGGCGAACGAAUUUCCCGUCAUCUCUUACCUGGGCAAACACCAUGUUUGUGAAUGUAACAAAUUCGCUUUCACUUACGAUUUAGCCGCAAUGCCACGGAUCCUUGGUCAACCGGUUACAGUCAAUCGUUCAAAUGCUCUAGUAGCUGCUGGAAAGUUUCUCCAGCUGAAACAAGCUGGGCAAGAAGGAUUGCGCAUGUGGGAUGAUCUCUGUUCACUCCCCGAAACCAUCAUGAUAGAUCCUUUACCGGAAGAAGUUACUUUUGAUCUUCUUGUGGCUUCUUUCCAACAUCCCGAAAAUCGAAAUGCUCCCACCUUCAGUGGUUUGAAUGCCAUGGCCUCAUUUCUUCAUAGACACAUCUGCGCCAUGAUUGAAUCCAUGUGGUUCAAUGGCUCGGCCGUGUACCUGUUUGAGCGCGAAGAUUUAGCACGAGUUUUCAAGCUGAAUGUUUUCAACAUGCUCCUCAAAGUGGCCAAUGAUAGCAUCGCUCGAUGCUGGUCGAUUGUCAAUCAAGAAAGAAAGUUAACUGAAAUGGAUUGGACUAAUCGUCAAAGAGCCAUGUUCUUGCUUGGACUCAACGAGGAUGGAUCUGUCACCGGUAUGAACAUUGUCGGACGUGACGCGGACGCCUUGAAAAAUAUGUUCCAUGCUAGCUUGCUGCCCAUUCUGCAGCAACAAUGUCUGCAGUUCCAGGAGCUCCGUGGAUUUAGAAAUUUAAUGCAGACAACAGAAGGCGCUGAAGUAAUUCUCAACGCAAUGCGAUCGCUCUUGCUCUUGGACGGAACCGUCACAAGUGCUGAUAAAGUUAACCAAUUGGAUAACCACCCUAAAAACACUCCAGCUAGUCAACGUUUACGUGAACUAACCGGCCAAGAUCAAGGAUAUGUGCUGACGGGGGAUAACAUCACAAAAAUGAUGUUCGCUCUUUAUCGAAUUCGCUGUGGCCUGCCCGUUGUGGCUUUCGGAGAAGCUGGGGUUGGUAAAAGUGCUCUAUUCCGUUUCCUGAUUCAAACGUUGCUGGGUCAUACUUUUGAGGUAUGUAACGUGAACAGCGGAACUACAAUUCAAGACGUGGAAGAUAUGAUAGAGUCGGCCAUGAGAACCAUCAUGGGAAAUCCCGAAGCUCAAGUCUUCCUUUUUUUCGACGAAAUGAAUACGGCGGAUUCGUGUGUUAUCGCUUUCCUCAAAGAAUUGAUGCUGGAUCGCCAUUGCCACGGAACUGUUUUGCCCGAAAAUCUACAUCUAAUGGGUGCCGCUAAUCCUUACCGAUAUCUUCACGAAGCUGACAAAGAAGCAACUGUUGGGCUGGCUUUUCGCUUUGCUCAGUCAACUCAGUACGACGAUUCCAGCCAUGCUCGAACUGACAGGCGCGGCUUGGUGUAUCGCGUUAACGAGUUACCGCUCGCUUUUUACGACCACAUUUACGAUUUUGGUCAUCUCUGCGAUGAAGCUGAGAACACGUAUAUUGACGAAAUAUGCCAACACGGACUUCCAGGUUUCCAUGCUGAUUGCGUCAAAUGGUUUGUCACCAUCAUUCAGAAGAGUCACCGAGUAGCACGAGCAUUGAGUGUUGAUCCGGAAUCGGCCGUGUCACUUCGCGAUACUACUCGAGCUGUUCAACUUUUUCACUGGUUUUGUCAGACAUCGGCCGGCAAAAUGAUGUCGAGAAAUGACGCAGGGAAAGCUGCCGAUCUGACCAUCUAUUUAGUCUACGCGUUUCGGUUCCGCAAACGGAAGACCUUCUUGGAGAAUGUUUUUGGCAAAAAUCAAUCUGCAUCCAGGAAUAUGACUGAAGUAUCCAGAAUUAUCGCCAAAAUGCUGUAUGAGCAAGCGCACGGGGCUUCUAUUGGUUCCGGUGCCAUUGCAUUGAACGAUGCCCUUUGCGAGAAUCUUUUCGCCUUGUACGUGUGCGUCCUAAACGGAAUCUUCCUGAUUAUCGUCGGACGACCUGGAUCGUCGAAGUCCUUGUCUGUUGAAAUCCUGAAAUUAGUGCUUUCUCCUGGAAACCACACACUCCGGCACAAUUUAGGAGACUUGCCCGCGAUUACCGAACUUUACUUCCAGUGUUCCCCUAUGUCAACUUCUUCUGGAUUUAAAGCGCUGUUUGAAUCAGCACAGCGACUAAGUGUUGACCCCAAGACUAUGCUGGCCAUGGUGGUGCUGGAUGAACUUGGUCUGGCAGAUAUGUCGCCUGAAAAACCUAUCAAAGUGUUGCAUUCCGAACUAGAACGCCAAUCAGUUUUGACUUCUGGCGAAAAACAACAAUCCCCGUUCUCGGUAGUUGCCCUAAGUAAUUGGGUGGUGGACGCUGCUCAGGUGAAUCGAGGCAUCCUAAUUCUGCGAACGCAAGCUGACAAAAAUGAUCUGUUGAAAUCAGCGGAACAGUUGGCCUAUUCUUUGAUCGCUAAAUUCGCCAAAGAGUCGGAAAGAGAUCGCAUUCUUCGUUUGUUGAAAGAAAGCCUAGAAAGUGUUGUCAGUACCUAUCAAGAACUGGAUAAAAGAGAAGAAAUGGGCGGCGGACACUUUUUUUCCAUGAGAGAUUUCUUCUUCUGUAUCAAGAAUUUCGUCUGCUCUGUUUUUGAGUCGUUCAAUCGCUUGGGAGAUGUGCGUGAUGUUCGCAUAUCUCAAUAUCUAUUGAUUCAGUCAGCUAUUCGUAACUUUGGAGGCCACGAAAAAGCUAGAAAGAUGGUUAGAAAGACUAUGGCCGUUAACCUCGAAAUGAAUUCAAAUGUCAUACCAGUAACGUCGCCACUCGAACUGAUCGUCUCAAACAUUCAAGAUUCGUCCAAAGAGCUAUCGAUUCACAUCGCCAGACAUUUGAUGAUACUCAAUCGAUCCCUGAUUGGUUUACAACUGCUAAAUCGACACGUGAAAAACAGAUUGGACGACGGAACAAACUGGAACGUUCUCUUCGGUUCCUGUUUCCCUGGCGAUUUGCAGGUUACAGCCGUAACGAGAAAAUUGCGUCAAGUGGAACAAGCCAUCCGUGCCGGCGGCGUACUCAUCCUGUGUCACGCCGAUCAGCUGUUUGAAUCCCUCUACAUGGUACUCAACCAACAAUAUUGGGCUCAAGGUGAAGUUACCAUGACGCAAAUUGCCCUUGGUCCUUCCAUUCGAGCCAUUGCUCUUCCCAACGGACCGUUUCGAAUCAUCGCCCUUCAGGAUACCGACGUGGCACUUAAUCGAGAGUUGAUGUCUCCAGCCAUCUUGUCCAGAUUCGAAAAGCACGAACUUAGACCUUCUCAUCUCCUAGAUGACACCGGAAGAACAUGGCUGAAUGCCAUCGAAUCGCAUGCUGUCUGGUUAGCUGUUCCAGAAAUGAUAAAAAGACAAAAGUUGAUCUACGGCUAUCAUGAAGAAUCUUUCGCUUCAUUGGCUCUCCAUUUGCAAGAUCUAGGAAUUCCGAUGGAACUGGAAGAAGCAGACGAUCUAGAUCCCUAUGGGGCAAAUACCAUCUGGAUGCGAGCUGCCAACCCCGUGGCCAUGAUCAAAUUGGAACGUGAUUUCGGCAUCCGUCAUCCCGAGUUACAAGAUUUUUGCCGACGCUACCGUCACAAUUUUAUUCUGGAAAGCAUUGACGACGCUAUCCAGAAUAUCAAAUCAACUCGAAUGGUCCUCAUGACCAACACCCUCCGACAUUUAGAAAUCACGCUUGCUGACUCUUUCACCAUCCAACUUUUUGACGUGCAAACUGAACUAGAACUCAUCCGUCUACUGGAUUCCAUCGACGAUGAAGAUUUAGCUGAUCCCGACUUCUGUCUGAUUGUCCAGUACGACGCGGUGACUGGGCCGAUCGAACAAUUUCAACUGGCCAAGUACGAAGUGGAACAGCGUUUUGAAAAGACGAAAUGCCAGGUCGUUUUCAUUGUUCACGUUGACCCACGCCCGAUCAACAUGCACUGGGUCUUUUCUUUCGGUGACGGAUGGGAUUACUGUUUCGUGGACGAAGUCGUUCACAGCGGCACCGCAGAUCAGCACCAGAUACCACUGAGAGAGCUCGUUCAAUCGCCCGCCGACCAACCAGUGUCGAGUUUUAUCGAAAAAAUGUCAAACGAGUCGUUUAAAUCACUAUUGCUCGAAAUGCUUGGUCCAGUUUUACAGACAAGCCUUGCUAGCUUACGAUCCUCUUUGGGACAAUUUUAUAGUGGAGUGCGAACGGCCUUAGGAUUACCGGGCAAUGGACGCUUGAUCGAAUUGUUGAAAGAGUGUUUGCUAGCCCAACUCAAGGAAAGCCGGAUCACCUGGAACGUAGUCGAUGGCGUCAGUGAUGCUAGUUUUGAUUCGUCUUCUUCAUUAACAGAAGGUCUCUGGGGUGUUUUCAAGCACAAAAUCAGCAACCAACUUGCACACCUUUUGCUCAUCAGCGAUGUCUGGCGCGUAUCUGACAAAUCUUCAACAAAGUUGUGGUGUGACUUUGUCAGCGCCAAUUAUCCUGAUCGAUUGAUGUCACUCAACUCUUCCGAUUCCCUAGUCCAAAUCCCAAUUGGUUUCCGCUCCUGUACUCGACCUUUUGGCCGUUUGUUGGUCAGUUUUGACAUGAGUUACGCCCAACGCACAGAAUCACGUUUGAAUGGACCACUACAAUGGUUAUUAGAUAAUGUGGGUAAAAAUGAAGAAGAUGAUUCUCAAAAGAUCAAAGAAGACUAUUUCCUCGAUUGGUUUCUGCUUCGUAUUCCUCCCCAUCUACAUCGCUGUUUGAAAAAUGUGCCGUUGUCGAAGAUGAGUUACCUCGUUGACAAUCUGUUUGAGGAAGCAGCCAUGUUUUUCCUUGAUUGGGAACACUGGCAAGGUGAGGUAAUCGCCGCCCUGGAACUAGUCAGCAUCGCCUCGUUCGCUAAGGCAGAAAUGGAUGGUGACUUUUGGAAGGAAGCAACGGGCAGGAUGCGUAACUGGAAAUUUUUCACGGAAACUGCGGCUCGCUUAUCCCUAGCAACGUUAGCCUCAACCGAUGUCAUUAGGUCUCGUCAAAGAUUUAUGCAGUCCGUUUCAUCCAUCGAAGUAAGCCCAGCUCUCACGAAUUUGUUGGAUCGCGUAGAAGACUUGCCGCAACUUUGGCUGGGUUUGAGAAUUACCAAACGUAUACUGCUCUUUGAUCCUGAGUCGAAGAUCACACUUCCGGAAUUACAGGUUUCGACGCCUCACAGAUUGUUUGAAAAUCUGACAGAGUUAGUCGUUACCUCAGUCAUACGACCAAGGGUUUCUAGUGGAGGGCAAGCCAGAAGAUUUGUUCGUCAAGCCGAUUUAUACGCCUUGCUUAAGAGCACGUCAGCAUGCAGCUCUCCGGAAGAACUUGCCAAAAUCCUAGGACAAUGUCCUACAACCAAUUCCAUCGUACUGCUUGAAGAGAAUGUCGCCGGAGCAGGUACCAAUGGAAGUUGCUCAAGUUGCGCGCAUCCUUUGACCUCGACUGAAGACGACGAAGAAGAUCCAGUUCAUCAUUUACGGACGCCAAAUGCCAAAGUAAUCGAAUCCCUCUUCCAAGAUCACCAAAAAUUCAUGUUCUUCUUCGAGCGUGUGGCCGAACUGUUCAUCCAGCAGCACAAGAAUAAUCCGCGUGAAAUCCGAGAAUUUCUUCAGUUCCUUCUAAGUUCCGAUUCGCGUCUCCGAGUCUCGUGGCGCUUUUUGACUGUUAUCGUACGCACAGUCUUGUCAACUCGUUUUGGCAGUAACAUUAUCGACGAGCUUUUGUUGACCAUCCGCUGCAAUCGUCUGAACCGCGAACUCAACGCCAAUGCUCACAAUUUAUUGCUAGCGUUACUCGCUUGUUCUGACCAAGAUGUUCAGAACAACCUGGAAGAGGAACCAGCCCAAGAUGUGAUUCAAGCCGCUAUGACGGGUGAUUGGACAGUUAGACGUAUUCGGCAGCUAGCACUGAUUCGACAACAACUUGCUGGGGAUGAAAAUGGAAUAGAGAAUGUUAUUGAAGAAUGGUCUCGUUGGCGGGAAAACCAAACAGAUCAAACCAUCGCAGAUGCUCUACUAUUUUUCAUCCUGCGCUUCUCCUCCUCCGAGGGAGACCAAACUCAAUUGAGUAACUUAUUUCGUAAUCCGAGGAUCGCUGAAGAGUUGAACCAUCAAAAAACUAUUAAGAACUACAUUAAGACCUUAUCUCCUCUGUCGCUGGGUUUCGCCAUGCGCUCUGCGGCCACUACAGCCGAUCCCUUUCAAGAGCGCUUGUUGGAUGGUGAUCGCUUCGAGACUGGAGCCUUCCAACAUUAUCCUCUAUUACUAAACCUCGAACCUGACUGGGCUCCUUUCGUCGCACGAUUAGCUUAUCACGCAAAUGACAUCUUUGAAGCCAAAAGAAUCCGUUUGUUGAAAGAAAUGACUACCAACCUGGUUCCUGUGGCACAGUUUUUAUUGCCCGGAAUCGAUAACCAUCCCUACUUACCCAGUUUCACCUUGGAAGCAAUGCGUUGGUUUGUUUGCAACUGUGGAACGCUAAAUUGUGUCGGAAAUUGUGGACAUCCUACGCCAGAAUCCAUUUGCGUCAAUUGUCGUGUCGCCCUAAGCCAAGCAGCUCAUCAGCCACGGGCUGGAGUCCGUCGGGCCACUGCCCGAGAUUUUCAGCCACCCUGUGGCAUCUACGUGACCCGAACGCCCACCAGGAUACCAACUUUUGCUGUGAGAAAUUGUUCUCCGGUCGUUACCCGAUUUGCACUUCUGCUCAACUCUCUCGCAUUGAUGAAUGCUGCAUUGAAUCCAAGGACCGAUCAACAUACAAUCGUUCAUUUACUUCUUACAUUACCAUUGGCGGAACGUCAUCCAGCUGAGAACCGGCGUUCGCUCGUCCAACUUCUUUCAAAUCAUGUUAUCGUUCAUCUGGACCUCCUUUGUCAGUUGUUGGUGACUUCCAGACCGCUUACGAUGACGGACAAGUUCCGCAUUGGGCAUUUACUGCUUCACAAAUUAUUCGCCUCACCAAAUCCCUCAUUUCUUGUUAACGCAGCCGACUUCACUAACGGAACGCAGGCGAGAGAAGCAUUCGAAAAUGGAUUAGCUGAACUGUUGGCUCAACAGGUAAAUCUAGCAGAAGAGCUCGAUCACAUUGCAGGGCAAUCUGACCAAGCAUCACAAGCAUUUCACCAAUCCUUAUUGCACAACGAAACCUCGCACUGGGCCUACGCCAGAAGAGUCUUUGCUGAUCGACAGUCCGUACAACUGGAACUCGCCAGGAAUAAUCGAUUGCGCCUGAAUUUUCCUUUCCUCAGUUUCUUGCUUGAUGACGACAAUUUGAUGCGAAAACUGAACGCUUUGCAAUACCUUGGCGAAGCUAUGCGUUUCAUAGCACUUGUUCGCACGAGUUUGCCAGGCGAAUUAACACUUGAAGAAGCUAAUCGUAUGUCUAUUGCUCAAGGAUUGGAAAAGAUGGCGGAAAUCGUCACGCAGAAAUCGAUCAUUCUAGAUCGCGGGCGCCCAGUUGCUUCAAGAGACGAUGUUAUGAACCUCUUUGAUGGCUUCAAGCAGCUGUGGGAUCGAUUCAGUCAGUUGCAGAAUGCAGAGAAAAAAUCUUUCUUGGAUUACUUUGAAUGUCAACAAGUCGAUAUCACUGUCCGACCCAAAACGGUGCUGGAGCAGACAGCUCCUCUUAUUCUGAUUUUAGCUGGCAAUGAUCUACCCGAAACUACAUUCAGUUGCCAAUUAUUGAGUCAUGCUGUGGAAGCCGCAUCAUCUAUUGCACUCACCGACUUCAUUCAGCCUCUUUGCCGUGCAGGCUCGGGCCGUGUUCGGCUCUCUUGUUCCAGUGCUGCAACUUUGACCGAUUUUGACGAGUCUUUAUACGCCCAUGUGUCAACAGAAGAGGUCGAUCGAUUCAUCCGAGAUCAUGUGAUUGACCGUGCCACUCUCCAGCUAGCAGAGUCAUUUGCUAUGUCUGCCAUUUUAGGAUCGGCUGGCAGUACCAUUGCAGAAGAUUUGUCAGUAGACGUCAUCCCCGAAUUUGUCUUUAAAGAUGACAUGGAAUCGAGCAAUUUUCUGACAAUCCUAGAGAGGCGUUCCCUUGCUUGGCAACCAUCUUCCAUUCCUCCCCAAUUGCAGGAACUCAUCCUAGCCGAUUUGGAGAAGAAUCGCAGCUUAGCUGAGGCUAGAUCUAUCCUCAUUUCGGCCAUCACACAUCUUCAUUCUAAUACUGAGCCACUCAUUAUUAGUAAGGUUCGAAAAAAUUACAUAUCGGACGUUUUGGAGGAACUGUUACUGUCAGAAAUUUUGACAGAGCGGCACAUGUCGAACGCUACACUAGGCGUUCUCAAUCGUCAUUUAAGAUUGGAAGUGCGACAUGUUUUUGGGUUGCUAAAAGCCAUCAUGUCUCGUAUGAAAGGUGAUGAUAUUUUCGGCGGUCGCGUUCCAGAGGGCUGGACAGUUAUGAUACCCGAACGCUUGGCUCAACUGACAAGUCAAAAAUUGCGUGCUGACGCUCAACCUGAUGGAUUUCUGGAAACGAUAUUACAAAUGGUCAACAUUGUGUCAGCUUCGCAGCCUGUUCCUAUCGAUCUAAUGCCUGAAAAGUCGUUGUUGUAUGCCAUCCGACAGAUCGAAGGUGCCGAAUGGGAUGGAAUUCCUGUUGAACUAAAAAUGGAAAACCUUGGUCAUGUACUUUUGAUUGCAGAGUCACUUGCCAAAAAAUAGGCUUCAUUCUUAUUUGCAUUAUUUUGAAUAUGUUCUUAUUUUUUUUUUUUAAUUCAGAAUCAUGAAGUUAAUUGCAUUUAAUGUGGUUAACUUGUUAUCAAAAUUGUUGAAGCAAAGCUUUUUCAUUAUAACCUUAUGUGAUUAUGGCCUUAUGGGAUGGCCUUAUGGGACCUUGUGGUUAAGGCUUCUAAAUGCCGAAAUAAUUAGUAGUUGAAAUUGUGUUCGAUUCUGAUGUAAUGAUUUCAUUUGUAAGUUGAAAUAAAGAAACAAACCAAAA